GUUGACGCUUGUAACUAGUAACCACAUGUACCUAUGUAGCAUCUAUACCAGGUGAAAUUCGUGAUCUCAUACAAUCAUACCUAAAGAGACACCUACAUAGUAUCAAUUGGCCCCGAAUGUGCUUGGAUAUCAUAAAAUUAAUAGGAAUUGUACCAUAUAACAAUUCUGACUAGUAGAUAUGGCCAGGACGACAAGAUCAAAGGCGAGCGCAUCGACCUCUACAACCCAGACCUCCAAGUCGACCACCACCACAAACACCAAGUCUAGAUACACAAUACCCCCAGAGUCCGUAAACCCUCUGAAGCUCUUUAUCCUUCCCACCAAGGCCACCAAGGAUGCCAAGAUAGUCUCACUCCUGAACCCAAGAUAUGCAAAGCCGACAAGAUACCUCGUUUGCCCUGAGACCGGUAUAUACGAAUUCACCAGGAUCAGUGCGCCCAAGUCUACGCCUAAAAGUUGGCUAAUAGAGUGCGGAAACACGGGCAAAGUCCAACAGGGGACUGCCGCCGACGGCUCUGAGCUGGGCGCUCAUAUAACCAAGGGCGCCGACCUCUACAUAGCGACGCCCAUCGACCCUAUAUUCCUCCUCCUACCCGCCCUCACCGGCGAAAGUGCUAGCGCCAAAAAGGGGGAACGCAUGUUUCUCUCCAGCGACGAUCAUCUCGACUCAAUACAUGAAAUAUCUCCCCAUCUAUUCGAGAUAUUACGAUGGGGCAAUCUACGGACACUACUGGAAUCGCGGAUGGCCGCGAUAUGCGACACCGUAGAGGCAGGCGACGAGACCAUGUUUCUAUACAACGAAGACAAGCUCUUGGCAGAGUUGCUAGCAAAAGCUCGCAAGAUGAGCGAAACGGGUUUACCAAAGAGCUUGGAGGAAGCGUUUGUUACCAAGGGGCUCGAGGCGCCGGUUGUGGGUAUCAAGCGACAAAACACCACUGCUUCGGCCGUCUCCCAGCAAACGCAAACGCAAACGCAAACGCAAACGCAAACGCAAACGCAAACGCAAACGCAAACGCAAACGCAAGCCGAGACCGAGACGCCUGUUUCGGAAGCAUCCACACCUAAAGUCGAGUCGGGCGACACCGAAUCAUCAGUCUCCGCCGCCGACGCCACCGCAAGCUCGACAUCCGAAGCCGGCACAGGUAUAACCUCGAUUGCCGAAGAAUCUACAACGGCCACCACAACCGAGCUCCAGCCGACCCUCCAAGCCUCCGAACAAGUCAAGGCCCUGCAACGCCUGCGCACCGCCUUCAACUUCCUCUGCUCGGCCUACAUCCCACCCUCGCUCACCCCACACCUGCAGUCCCUCCUCAAGACACAACAACAACAACAACAGAUCAUCGACUUCGCCCCCCUCGACGCGUACCUCGAAGAACUGAGCAAGCUGCGGCAGGAGGCGGCCGCGACGCGGGGGAUGGCGGACUUCUCGCGCAAGCGGGUGCUAGACGACGAGGAGCUGGCGGAGCGGGCGGAGAAGAAGCGGCGGAAGGACGAGGAGGAGAAGCGGAAGAAGGCUGGGGAGAGCAGGGGGGUCAAGAAUUUGAAGAAGGUGAAUACGGCGGGUAUGCGCAAGAUGAGUGAUUUCUUUACGAAGAAGUGAGGUAGGUAGUAGGUAAUAAAACUUGAGGUAUGGUUUGGUAUCAUCUGUAGAUAGGUACCUGCAAGAAAACAGUUGAAGCUAAAGUCUACGGAGGCUAGGUUGGAUAUACGGGUUUCGCAUGAAGUGAGUAGAAAGAGGGGAUGGUCGGGUUGUAUAAUAGAGUACAUUGAUCACAGCAACCGAAAAAAGCUUCAACGUGUGCAAGGAGUGUGUAUCAUAAACAUCGUGCCUUCGUCAUUCGUACGUGGAAAACCUACAUAUGUAUCUCCCUACUCAGUAGGUACCUCGUAGGUAUGUAUCGUCACUAAGGAGUGAGUACAUAGAUAAUCCAUCAAAAUCCGGUACAACGAGAUAUCGCAAUGUAUCUCAUCUUAUGCCCUUCUUUCUUUCCGUUUUUGGUUCCUAAUAUCCUCGCGGCCCUCGCGACUUUCCUCUCAAAAAGCCCCUACCAAUCCCCGAUGCGCCUCUGCCACUAGCCGUGCUCGUAUCCGCAGCAGACCCAGGCCGACUCGUCGAAGCCGC